UAUUUUGUGUAGAAUGCCUGUGUUGUUUUUGAACUUUGGGAUCUGAAUGCUUCUUCCUGAAUAGGCCUUAUUACCAUUGACAGUUUCACUGUUGUUAAUAUGAGUUUUCUGCGUUGGGAGCAAUAGAUCAUAUGCUCUGUAGCCAAUGCCCAAUGGUUUAUGUUCAUAUUCAUAGUUUCAUGCCAUUCAAACAGUUUCUCUGUUCAAAAUGAACCAUUGAUGUUAAUAUUGUAUUUUGUCACAUGACAGGGCUUUAUUAUAUCUUGAUGAAAUAAAUCUCUGUAUGUGAUUAAUCUCCUUGUAUAUUUUUGAUUCUGAUAAUCCUUUAUAUAGUUGUAUAAAAUUUUCCUAACUAGCAUUAACAAUACCAAACAAAGCUAAUUAAGUAUGCUGAAUCAAUCAUAAUCAUCUAUUGAAGAGUGUUUAUGUUUCCUUUUUAUUUUUCGUUUUUAUUGCAUUCAGCAGCUGCAAGAAUCUUGUAAUACAAUACAGCAAUUAUCUAGGAGAUAGGGAAUUAGAAGCUAACAAAUCAGAAUGGGAAGUGCAGUUACAAAUUAAAAUAGCCUGCUUUCCACUUUCUGUUUCUUGAAAAGGUUGGAUUUUUGCACAGAAUAGAAAAUUGAUGAGAUUUCAAACAGUUUUAUGACAUAAAUCGUCACGUUUUUGCAGAAGAAGCUAAACAAACACAGCAUGAUUUUCAUGCUAAGCAGCCAUAUCAUAACUCUCCUCCAAAAAUAGCCACUUUUUUUCCUCAACUUUAUCCUAAAAAAGAUGAAAAAGGGCUCCAGGUCUGUAUGUAGUCAUCAAAGUUGUGAGAUUACUAACUUUAUCAAAGCUCCAUAAAUAGUGAAUUCAUGCAUCCAAUUUCAACAAAUUCAGUUUCUAGAUUUCAAAUCAUGGUGAUAGCAAAGUUUCUCUUUCUUUCUAUUCUCAUUGCCUCAGUUUUCAGUCUCACAGUGAGCAUAGACUUCACAGAGAAGGACCUAAGCUCGGAUGAGAGCCUGUGGGACUUGUACAAGAGAUGGAGGAGCCACCACACCGUCUCCCGCGAUCUAGCAGAGAAACAGAGGCGAUUCAAUGUGUUCAAGGCCAAUGUGCACCACAUCCACGCCGUGAACAAGAUGGACAAGCCUUACAAGCUGAGGCUCAACAAGUAUGCUGACAUGACCAACCACGAGUUCAGAGCCUCGUACACCUCGAAGAUCAGGCACCACCGCAUGCUGCGCGGUGCCAGGGCCAGCACCGGGUUCAUGCACGAGGAGGCCAGGGAUCUGCCCGCCUCGGUUGAUUGGAGGGCUCAGGGUGCUGUCACUGGAGUCAAGAAUCAAGGCAGCUGUGGUAGUUGUUGGGCUUUCUCAACUGUGGUGGGAGUUGAGGGCAUCAACAAGAUCAAAAGUGGGGAGUUGGUGUCUUUGUCUGAGCAAGAAUUGGUUGAUUGUGAGCAAGAUAACGAAGGUUGCAAUGGAGGAUUGAUGGAACAUGCAUUUGAGUUUAUCAAGAAACAAGGUGGCCUAGCAACGGAGAGCAUCUAUCCCUACACAGCCACCGAUGGGAAUUGUGAUGCAACCAAAAUGAAUGCACCGGCUGUUACAAUUGACGGCUACGAGAACGUGCCAGAAAACGAUGAGGAUGCGUUGAUGAAAGCCGUUGCAAAUCAACCUGUAUCUGUUGCUAUAGAUGCUGGUGGUUCUAAUUUCCAGUUUUACUCCGAGGGAGUGUUUACGGGCGAAUGUGGCACGGAGCUGAACCAUGGGGUAGCGGUUGUUGGUUAUGGAUCCGCGCUGGAUGGGACUAAAUAUUGGAUAGUGAAGAACUCGUGGGGACCUGAGUGGGGUGAGCAAGGGUAUAUUAGGAUGCAACGCGGUGUUGGAGAAAGAGAAGGAUUGUGUGGAAUCGCGAUGGAUGCCUCGUAUCCUAUCAAGUUAUCGUCGGAUAAUCCGCAACCACCAGCGUCGCCACCAAAGGAUGAGCUUUGAUACUUGGGGAAAGUUGCAUUGCAUUAGGCGUCAUUCAAAUGCUUGUUGUAUGGGGAAGUAUCUGAAAUGCAGUAGAGUACUUUAUUUCUUAGUACUACUAAUAAUAUGAAUUGAUUUAAGUUA